UCAAUUUUGGCAAGGUUGGUGUAGAUCAGAGAGCUUGUGAUCAGCCUUAAGGCUUCAAAGGAAUUUCCUCGAGUCUUGGAUGACUGCGUAUUUCGCCCUCAGCAAGUACAGUGCAGAAGAAACCAGCAUUAUCCGAGGAUUAGAGCGGGGCUUGGAAGCGCGCACCCUUGCUUCCUCCGCUGACUGUCAUCUGCGUCCGCUGGCAAAACCAUGACGUCGCCGACCGAGGCUGCGGUACCGGCGCCCGUCGAUCCAGACGUGCCUGCGACGGACACAGCCCCGGGGCAGGGCGCGCCGGCCCGCCAGACCCAGGACGUGCCGUCGGCAGAGCCCGCGCCAGACCCGGGGCUGGGGGACGCGGUGCUGGACAACCUGGCGCAGGACGUGGACGUGGAGGAGAUAGCCAGCCUGGUCGGCCUGAUCGCCGAUUCGUGCGUGCUGCCCUGCAAGGAGGCGAUAUUCCUGCAGGAGAAGGUGCUGCCACCUCUCGGCGUCGCCUUCUGCGCCACGGUGCUGGAGGUGCACCGGCAGCGGUGCGUGCUGCGUGCUUACUCGCGGCUCAACGCGCUCGACUGGCUCGCCACCGAGCUCUACUUCAACAACGCCCGGUACCCGGAGCGUGCCGGCGCCGGCGACCUCUUCCAGACGGAGAUGGCAGCGCACCACCUGGCGGAGCGGCCGCGCCGCCCGCUGCCCCUCUGCCUCCAGCUCUCGGACCAGGAGGCGGCGCUGAUCGUGCAGAAGUGGUACCGCGGCUACCUGGUGCGCCGGCUGGGGGAGGUGAACGAGCUGCGUCAGUACCAGGCGCGGCUGCGCCGCUUGGCGAGGCAGGCCGGCGCGCCCACCGGACCGGUCGUCAUCCAGCGACGCUCGGACCGCGCCUGCCGCUGACGGCCGCCAGAUGGCAGGCCGGGAGGCAUGGUGACCGGUGGCGAGUGGCAGGCACGAGAUUUAUCACCCCGGCGGCACCGAUGCUGGCGGAGGUGCGCGGCACGUCGCCCUACUGUAGCCGAUGCGUGAAGAGCGGCGCUAUGUGCUCCUUACCAUGUCGCAGGAUGCGUCAUGCUGAUGUCGGAGCUGCGGCAGAUACGCCGAGCGUCAUCCAAAUACCAGCGUCGUGAGGGAGACAUCACGGCUGCGGACACAGAGGACACGCUGGUUGGCCGGGACGGCGCAGGAAUUCGGAGUAGACCGCCCUGACUUCAGCGAUAGGACGCGAACUAGGCACCAGCGGCGUGAUUGCGGAUAAAUAACAAACAAAUGUCUUUCGUCAGAGUGCUGAUCUGUAACGGAAUACGAUCUAGGGUAAUGAUUUCCACGCAACCGAGACAGUCAUGCAUGCUUCUUACAACAAGGGAGAGUAACGCCUUUUAGUUAGAAAUCGCACUGUGCACAUGCCCAUCUAGAUACAAGUAGCCUAAUUCCGAGUGAAAACCAGUUCCCUGGAAACUAAAAAAGCCGAUUGUGUUCGCAAGGAAUUUGAUUUUACAGAUUUCUGCUAACCACGGACCCCUCUCUGGUCACCAUCCUAUGCUUUUUUGUCCAGCAAACUGGGUGAUGCAUAUGCAGCAAGUGCAUAUCCGAGAGACG